UGGUAGGUCGUGAAAACCGGCCCCGCGCUACGCCAUUUUGAUAAUCUGAACGCGAUAACGAACGUCCGGAAGCAACGACGCAGCGGAAAACUUGGAAUUUUGAAAUGUUUAAUCCUUCACCUAUCAGUCCUUCUCACCAAAACUUGAAAGCUUGGACACUACAUUUUCUUUGAUUCGCGGCUCCAGAGACUUUUAUCAAUGGAAUAAAAUCCAAAAUUUUAAAAUGAUCUGAUACCCAUCUCGUGAAUACAAAGUCUCGACAACAUUGGCUCAGAACCAGACGAAGGGUUUGUCAGGUUUGUUUUACAGACGGCGUACUUGGAGACCAAACAUGGACCGGACGCGAGUAGGCGUGGCGUUGUUGAUCAUCUUUCAGUUCCCAAGUAUCCUCUUCGCUGUGUAUCAUUUCUGUACGAGGAAUACCGAGGUGCUUGACGAGCACAGGAAUGAAGGCAAGAUCGUCAGGGUGGAACACAUCCAAGUGACAGAGCCACGGGUUGGGAUUCCGAAUAGCCGGGGGGAUAUUUCUGGCUGUACCUUGGCUGACAUUAGGAUGAGGCCCGGCGUCAUGCUGCUAGUCAACACAAACACUGGCUACAUGGACAUGACACUGAACUUGUUGGAGAGCAUCAAGAGGACUGGAGUCUGCGUGAACACAACCAUCGUUGCCGAGGAGGAGAAGGCGUAUCAGACUAUGCUGAGCCAUGCCCAAGGUGACCCGGCUAUAAAAGUGGUCAAAACAGACCAAGGGGAAGCGGACCCCGGAAAGCUCGUGCUCUACAGUCGUGAAUACAGGCGUCUCGUGAACAGACGUCAUAGGUAUAUUCUGUCCCUGCUGGAGAAGGGCUAUGAAGUUUUCUUCACUGACGUGGACACAUUUUGGUUUCAGGAUCCCUUUUCGUAUUUCCAGGGAGAGUUUGACAUGGCCUUAGUAGACGAGCGCUCCCCUUACCCGACCAGACUGCAGAAGAAAUCCCUACAUUGUGCUGGCCUUGUUUACUUCAAGCCGACAAAAAAGACUCUCCAGUUCGUCAAAAAAUGGAUCCAGAUCUUGGCGGACCCGAAAAACAAGGUAUCUGACCAGGGGGUGCUCAACCGUAUGAUGCACGACGAUAUACCAGUGCGUGUUGAUGUCAGACAGCUGCCUGUCAAGUAUUUCCCUCACGCCUUGGUGUUUUACAAACCUGAGUGGCGGAAAGAAAACAACGACCCAAUCAUAAUGCACAACGUCGGCGUAAGGGGACAUGACGCAAAAGCUAAAAAGUUCCGAGAAAAUAACAUGUGGCUGGUUAAAACCACAAGCGGGACAGUGUAGUACUUGAUUCAGGAGUGAGAACACUUUGCAUAUAUCCCGGGAUCCUAUUUUAAAAAGAAGAGAAAAAGAUAUCAGGGUAGCUUCAAGUACACUGGGAAUCGGCAUCAAAGCAAAGCUUUAUUUUAAAGAAAAUGCUACGUUUUCUACAAAGAAGAAUGAAUAUGGAAAAUGUAAGGUUUGGACUGCCAUGGAUUGCGACUUUUCUAGUCACCGUAUAAUAUCUGAAACGUCAUGUAUGCCCAUUGUGGUGGUCUUGCUGACCGUGUGGUGGUAUACACAUUGAACGAAGGACAUGUUCUUCUUGGAUCAACGUUGAGGGCAGUGUCAUAACAAGAUCUGGGUAUUACUAAUCCUUCGUCCCAGAGAGAGAGAGAGAGGGGGGGAGAUAGACAUCGUUUGAGAUGCCCUCUUGUUCCUCAUCAAAGAGCGUUCAUUCUGUACAUUAGAUUCGUUUACCAUACUUUCACAAAGGUGGGAGCAAACCACUUGUUAGACCCAAAAUUAUGUGAAGUUUCAAAUUAAUGUCGUCAUCAUCAUCUCACAGUUAUUGAAGGGGGACAAAUUGGAUGUGAUAAUUUUUAUAUAAAUUUAUCUCGUUUCACGUCGAUUGAUUUAAUACAUGUCUGCAUACACCUCUAGGAUAAGAUCCACUUUAUUUCCCAAUAACACUUGUCAAAAUUCCCCAAAUGUCAUAAGACCAGAAAUAGAUAUCACUCGAUCAUCGCUUUGUGUUAGUAAUUAAAACAAAUAUGUCUGGUCCAGUUUUCAUUAAUGAAAUUGUUCUUACAAUGAAUUGCAGAUGCAUGAACACACAACCCUAUCCAUUGCGCAUUCACAAAACAUAUUGGUCGUGUAGCUGCAGUAUAUCGUACAAAACUGUAGGCCCAUACAAUGUUCACAACUUAACUUUGUUUUGUUACAUUAGAAAUUAAAGCUUAUUAAAUCUGCUACUACAAGCUUUUAGACUUAGAAACCGGCAUGGUCUCUACCAUGGCACACGUACCUCAAGAUAACUUAGUAAAUACCCAGUUACUUUCAGUAUCAUCGGAUGUACAUUUCUGCAGAUAAAUUUACCCGUCAGGACUGCAUGACACAUGACCACAUCAUCUCUGUUUAUACCUAUAACACCCCCAACUAUGAAAGCACGAGCUAUCACUCUGAUAAAAUGUGUAGUUCUGAAGAUAAUGCCCUCCUAAUAUUCCACAUCGAAGCUGGUGUAAUAUGUGACUAAUGAUCAUGCCAUUGUCAUGCGACCAAAAUGAAAGUCGUCUAAACAGUAUGAAGGCUGAUCUUGCCCCAAGAUUGGUUUGGGGGCGACACCCAAUAUAUGAGGCUCACUACUAUAUUAAAAACGUCUGGUCCUCUAACGCCACAAUAGGGUGAUUACGUAAUUUGUCGGUCGCUUCCGUGAACUUUCUUUGGUCUUGCCGACCACUCUAAAAGGAGACAUGCUUUGUAAUUUUUUUUAGAUCUAAACGGUAUUCAAUCUAUUGUUCGCAAGACAAUCAUUGUACGGAUUGACUGUUACUUUAGUUGUUACAAAAGUCAUAUCAGAGGAGUGGCUAUUUUAAUAAUAAUUUUUUUGAUUUUAUAAUUUAGGGUUCUAGCUUUGGUGGAAAUGGGAAUUUUCUGGCUCUUAGUUUGAAGGGUUGAGGCUUUAGCAUUACGGUUAUUACUUUGCACGGCCGAAAUAGGAACGAUCCAGAUUUUUUACGACAAAUUAAUGAUAAUAUUCUCGGUUUCGACAACCCCCAA